AUGUGCGGAAUUGUCGCCAUCCUACGCUCCAUGAUGCCCGAGGCGGAGCUCCGCCAAGCCGCACUGUCCGCCGGCAAGAAGAUCCAGCACCGCGGCCCGGACUGGAACGGCGUGCGCGUGUUCGGCGAGCGCGGCAUCGCCAUCGAGCACGAGCGUCUGGCCAUUAUUGACCCGGAGUCGGGCGCUCAGCCGCUUGUGAGCAACGACCCGGAGCGCAGCAUCACGUGCGGCGUGAACGGCGAGAUCUACAACUACAAGGAGCUGGCAGCGGGUCUGAAAACGCCCUACAAGUUCCUCACCAAGUCGGACUGCGAGAUCAUCAUCCCGCUCUACCUCGAGCACGGCCCGGACUUCGUCCACUUGCUGCGUGGCAUGUUCAGCUUCGUUCUGUACGACCACCGUAAGGAUUUCUUCCUGGCUGCCAGAGAUCACAUGGGUAUUACCCCCAUGUAUUACGGCUACGGAGCCGACGGUAGUGUAUGGUUCGCUUCGGAGAUGAAGGCGCUAGAGGACGGAUGCGUCCGCUUUGAGGUCUUCCCUCCUGGUCACGUGUUUACGAGCGACACGGAGACGUGUAAGCCAUGGUACAAGCCCAACUGGUACGAUGCUGGCCACAUUGGCCAGACGCCAUUGGACCUCAUGGCUCUACGUGAAGCUUUUGAGGCUUCUGUUAAGCGUCGUAUGAUGUCUGAUGUUCCCUGGGGUGUACUGCUCUCUGGAGGUCUAGACUCGUCCCUUGUGGCUUCAAUUGCCGUCCGAGAGAAGCAGAAACUCGUGGCUCAAGGUGGCGAAUGGAUCAACAAGAUCCACUCGUUCACUAUCGGCCUCGAGAACUCUCCGGACCUCAAGGCUGCACAGGAAGUGGCCGAUUUCCUUGGCACCAUCCACCACUCGUACACGUACACGAUCCAGGAAGGGCUGGACGCUGUGUCGGAAGUCAUUAAACACUUGGAGACGUACGAUGUGACCACGAUCCGUGCGUCUACCCCCAUGUUCCUCAUGUCGAGGAAGAUCAAGGCUAUGGGCAUCAAGAUGGUGCUGUCUGGUGAAGGCGCUGACGAGGUUUUCGGUGGAUACUUGUACUUCCACAAGGCUCCCAGUGCUGAGGCCUUCCACAAGGAGACGGUGGCCAAGCUACAAGCUUUGCACCAGUACGAUUGUCUGCGUGCCAACAAGGCCACAAGCGCGUGGGGUCUGGAGGCUCGUGUGCCGUUCCUGGACGCCGAUUUCCUCGACAUUGCCAUGAACAUUGACACGCGCGAGAAGAUGAUCGACGCCAAGGCCAAGAAGUUCGAGAAGUACAUCAUCCGCAAGGCUUUCGAUGACAAGGAGAACCCGUACUUGCCCGAGCACAUUCUGUGGCGUCAGAAGGAGCAGUUCUCGGACGGUGUGGGCUACGGAUGGAUCGAUUCGCUCAAGGAUCUGGCCGAGAAGACCGUCACGGAGCGCCAGAUGAAGCACGCCGAGCGGCUAUUCCCGUACAACACGCCUCAGUCCAAGGAGGCCUACAUGUACCGCAGCAUCUUCCAGCACCACUUCCAUCGCGAGGUGGCGGCUCAGACGGUGCCUGGUGGCCCCAGUAUUGCCUGCAGCACCCCAGCUGCUAUCGAGUGGGACGCUGCGUUCAAGAACGCUGCCGACCCGUCCGGUCGUGCCAUUGCCGGCGUGCACGUGGAUGCCUACGCCGAGUAA